AUGGCGCCCGUGCAGACGCCGGAGCAGACCAGCGGGUCGCUGACGGUGAGCCCGGUGCCGGUGGCGCAGCGGGUGCUGAGCCGCGGCAAGUCGCUGCUGUCGCCGUCGACGCCGAGGUCGCCGCCGCCGUCGUACGGGAGCAUCGUGACCGUGCUGAGCAUCGACGGCGGCGGCGUCCGCGGCAUCAUCCCGGGCACCAUCCUCGCGUUCCUGGAGGAGAAGCUGCAGGAGAUGGACGGCCCGGAGGCUCGGCUCGCCGACUACUUCGACGUGAUCGCCGGGACGAGCACCGGCGGGCUGGUGACCGCCAUGCUCACGGCGCCGGACGACCAGGGGCGCCCGCUCUUCGCCGCCAGGGACAUCAACGAGUUCUACCUCGAGCACUGCCCCAAGAUCUUCCCUCCCGUCAGCAAGGGGCCCCUUGGCCUGAUCAAGAGCCUGGCCGGGCCGAAGUACGACGGCCGGCACCUCCACUCCGUCGUGCAGGAGCUGCUCGCCGGCAAGCGCGUCCACGAGACGAUCACCAACAUCGUCGUCCCGACCUUCGACAUCAAGCUCCUCCAGCCCACCAUCUUCUCCACCUACGAAGCUAAAAAGGACGUGUCCAAGGACGCCCUCCUGUCGGACGUGUGCAUCAGCACGUCGGCGGCGCCGACGUACCUCCCCGGCCACCGCUUCGAGACCAAGGACAAGGACGGCAAGCCCCGGGAAUUCAACCUCAUCGACGGCGGCGUCGCCGCCAACAAUCCGACGCUGCUGGCGAUGACCCACGUAACGAAGCAGAUCCUGCUGGGCAACCCGGACUUCUUCCCGAUCAAGCCGGCGGACUACGGCAAGUUCAUGAUCCUCUCGCUGGGCACCGGCUCGGCCAAGGUCGAGGAGAAGUUCGACGCCGUCGAGAGCGCGCGGUGGGGCGUCCUCGGGUGGCUCUACAACAAGGGCGGCGCGACGCCGCUGAUCGACAGCUUCAGCCAGGCCAGCGCCGACCUCGUCGACAUCCACGCCUCCGUGCUCUUCCAGGCGCUGCGCUGCGAGCGGCGGUACCUCCGCGUCCAGGACGACGAGCUCACCGGCGACGCGGCGUCCGUCGACGUCUCCACGCCGGAGAACCUGCGGCGGCUGGUCGGCGUCGGCAGGGCGCUCCUCCAGAGGCCGGCGUGCAAGGUGAACGUCGAGACCGGCAGGAACGAGCCCGACAUGGACAGAGGCACCAACGAGGAGGAGCUGGAGCGUUUCGCCAAGAUGCUGUCGGAGGAACGCAAGGCCAGGCUCCAGCGAAAGCAAGGGAGCAUGAAGAACUAGAAAAAAGUAGCGAUCUUUAGAUAACUACUACUGCUAGUGUAUAGGUAUUUGGACGUGAAACUUGUCACAAGUUUUACUGUUGCUAAGAAAGUAUUUUGAGAUACCAAAAUUUUAGCAUAAAAAGUUGAUACUUUUAGGUACCAUGUUUUUACACUAGAAAAUACAGUGCUACCUGGUAAAAACGCUUAAAACAUAUUCGCUGAAUUAUUUACAUGUAUGUAAAUACGUAUGUAUGUAUAACUUUUUUAUCAUUCUUA